AUGGAGCUUGCGGAAACCUAUGCCUGUGUUCCGUCGACGGAGAGAGGUCGGGGAAUCCUGAUCUCCGGUGACUCGAAAUCCGAUACCAUCCUCUACACUAAUGGUCGAUCCGUCGUGAUUCUCGACCUUAACAAUCCGUUAAAGGUGUCUAUCUAUGGCGAGCAUGCUUACCCAGCUACUGUGGCGAGAUACUCCCCGAACGGCGAGUGGAUCGCGUCCGGUGAUGUGUCGGGGACUGUAAGAAUCUGGGGGACUCAUAACGAUCAUGUACUGAAGAAGGAGUUUAAGGUUUUGGCUGGUCGGAUCGAUGAUCUUCAGUGGUCUGCUGAUGGGAUGAGGAUCGUUGCUUCCGGUGAUGGGAAAGGGAAAUCUCUCGUUCGUGCUUUCAUGUGGGAUUCAGGAUCAAAUGUGGGAGAGUUUGAUGGACACUCCAGGCGGGUUCUCAGCUGCGCUUUCAAGCCAACCAGACCGUUUCGCAUUGUGACUUGCGGGGAAGAUUUUCUGGUGAAUUUCUACGAAGGUCCUCCUUUCAAGUUCAAGCUCUCAAGCAGAGAGCAUUCCAACUUUGUCAACUGUGUGAGGUUUGCACCAGAUGGAAGUAAGUUCAUUACUGUAAGUUCAGAUAAAAAGGGAAUCAUAUAUGAUGGAAAGACUUGUGAGAAACUGGGGGAACUCUCAUCUGACGAUGGCCAUAAAGGUAGCAUGUACGCGGUUAGCUGGAGUCCCGAUGGUAAACAGGUCCUCACUGUAUCUGCAGACAAGUCAGCUAAAGUAUGGGAAAUCUCGGAUAAUGGCAACGGAACAUUGAUGACCACAUUGAAUUGUCCUGGAUCAUCAGGUGGAGUGGACGAUAUGCUUGUCGGGUGUCUGUGGCAGAACGAUCAUAUUGUCACUGUUUCUCUAGGUGGUACAAUCAGCAUAUUCUCAGCAAGCGAUCUUGAAAAAUCCCCCUUUCAGGUGUCGGGACAUAUGAAGAACAUCUCUUCCUUAUCUGUGCUAAAAGGAAAUGCUGACUACAUACUAUCCGGUAGCUAUGAUGGUCUGAUAUGUAAAUGGAUGCUAGGCCGUGGUUUUUGCGGUAAAUUGCAGCGGAAACAAAACUCUCAAAUAAAGUGCUUUGCUGCUCAUGAAGAAGAGAUCGUGACCUCUGGAUUUGACAAUAAGAUAUCCAGAAUUUCUUAUAAUGACGAUCAAUGUACAAACGAAGAGUCUAUCGACAUUGGAAGUCAACCAACAGAUCUAAGCCUUGCACCACUGUCACCUGAUCUUCUCCUGGCGACCUUUGAAUCAGGAGUUGUGUUUCUCCGUGGUGACAAAGUAGUGUCAACCACCAACCUUGGGUUCACUGUCACUGCUUUGGCGGUAACGCCUGAUGGAACUGAAGCCAUCAUCGGAGGCCAAGACGGUAAACUCCACUUGUAUUCUAUUAAUGGCGACUCCCUCACCGAGGAAGCAGUUCUUGAGAAACACAGAGGCGCCAUCAGCGUCAUACGAUACUCUCCAGAUUUCUCCAUGUUUGCAUCAGCUGAUUUGAACAGAGAAGCAGUUGUAUGGGACAGAGUCUCCAGAGAGAUAAAACUGAAGAACAUGUUGUACCAUAGCGCCCGCAUAAACUGCUUAGCCUGGUCUCCAAACAGCACUAUGGUUGCUACAGGAUCCUUAGACACAUGUGUGAUUGUAUAUGAAGUGGACAAACCUGCUUCGACACGCAUGACCAUAAAAGGAGCUCACUUAGGUGGAGUUUAUGGUCUGGGUUUUGCUGAUGAUUCCCAUGUUGUGAGUUCUGGUGAAGAUGCUUGUAUCCGGGUUUGGAGCUUAACUCCGCAAUAA